GGACGAUAAGAUAAGGUUUGGUAGGAGGAUAAGAAGCGUUGGAAUUCAGCUGCGGCUUAUGAGGCCAGCGUUUCAGCCACCUAUGAAAUGGGUCCAGACGGCAGGACGGUUGCUAAGCAACGGCUUGACCGGUAAACACGACAGGGCCGACAGGGGUUUAGGUCACGGUCUUAACCUAAUAUGGUAAGAUGUCAAAUGAAGACGCUAUGCGACGGGCCAGAAGUUUGACCCAUGUCACUUUCUUACCCCAACAUAACAACAAUCAAAUAAUAAUAGAGCGAAACCAUACAAAAACAUCCUUUUCUUGAAAAACACCCAUUAAUAAUUUACAUCGUCUACUUCAACCUUUCUUCCUUCUUAUCAAACAGGCUCCUUAACUCUUCUUGCUUGCACUCACUACUACUUGCUGCCCAUACGCGAUACGCAUCAUACAUCAUUGAACGGGUUUACCGGUACAUGAACUGUUUGUUUAUCGUAUCCGAAAUUAGAAUCAUUUCUUCACCGAUAUCGUUAAACGGUCCUUCCGGCGACUGAUAUAUCUCCAAUCGCUAUAUUUAUACUACUGCAGGCCUGCGUUUGUUUAUGCAGAGCCGUUGAAGCUUCCCGUCUUCCCGUUCGAGUCUAUACUUGACGGGGUAAACAAACCCAGCUCUUGAGCCGGAAACAACAAAGGAAUUGCAGCAGAAAAGAGUAGAAGCAGCGAUAACAUCAGCAUUCAAGAUGCCGCCUUCGAGGAGUGCCCAAUCGGGUCAGGUUAUUGAGUAUAUUCCAGACCGCCUUUACCUAGCAUCCUACAUUCAUCCUCCUACAGCCGACACCGUCUUUCCCUACUCCGAACCCCCAACUCGCUCGCCAAGUAAACGAUCACAAAGAGCUGUCGACGGGCCUUCGCCUGCUGUGUCUAAGUCGGACCGACAUCCCCCUUACUACUUUACAGUCGAUGACAGCCUCUUAUACAACGCCUUCCACCACGAUUUUGGCCCACUUCAUAUCGGUCAUUUGUACCGUUUUGCCCUGCAUUUUCACGAUGUUCUUGGCGCAAAGGAAAACCAGCAUAGACCUAUUGUGUUUUGGAGCCGUGCAGACCCGAGGAGCCGGGCCAAUGCCGCUUGUUUACUCGCUUGCUACAUGGUUUUGAUUCAAUCUUGGCCACCUCAUUUGGCUCUGGCGCCGAUUGCGCAGGUUGAUCCGCCUCUAAUGCCUUUCCGCGACGCUGGUUACAGCCAAGCGGAUUACGGCAUCACUGUGCAAGAUAUCGUGUACGGUGUCUGGAAAGCCAAGGAAGAGGGUUGCUGUGUCCUAGACAACUUCGAUCUUGACGAAUACGAAAAGUUUGAACGCGUCGAACACGGCGAUUUCAACUGGAUCACACCUCAUUUCCUGGCAUUCGCAUCCCCACAGCAUAGCCCGGUGGCACGCAUCACCGAGUCGUCGGAAUUAUAUGAUUCUCUUCCUAAGACACUCUCCGCGGUCGAUUCUCACCCAACCCUCCCUCAGUCAUUCAAGAACGUACUAAGCCACUUUUCCGAGCGCAGCAUCGGCCUAGUUGUCCGACUUAACUCGCCUCUAUAUUCUCCAUCUUACUUUGAGGCGUUAGGGAUCCAACACCUCGACAUGAUUUUUGAAGAUGGUACCUGCCCCCCCUUAAGCACCGUUCGAAAGUUCAUCAAGCUUGCACAUGAGACAAUUACUGUUCGAAAGAAGGGUAUCGCGGUUCACUGUAAAGCCGGUCUUGGGAGAACUGGAUGCUUGAUUGGGGCAUACUUAAUCUACCGCCAUGGAUUUACGGCAAAUGAGGUCAUUUCCUUCAUGCGUUUUAUGCGCCCUGGUAUGGUUGUUGGCCCUCAACAGCAUUGGUUGCACAUCAAUCAAGGAGUUUUCCGCGAGUGGUGGAUCGAGGAGAGAAUGGAGAGGAAGAUAAGAAAGGAGCUCGCGGCUGCGAACCAGGCGCCCAGCACGCCCAUCCGAGCAAUGCAGAAGGCUACUCUAAGCCGAAGUGCUCAGGCGUCUACACCUCCCAGCAGAAGCCCAUCAAACCGUACGCCUCUCGGCGAAAUGGAUGGUGAAAGGCGUAAUGCGGGUGCGCAAGAGGACUACCUACCGGCCCCGACGCCAGGUCAGCCUCGGAAGACGAGUCGCCUAGAUCGACAUCAUCCUUAUCAGCGCAACGCGGCUCAGCCUUCCCCGGUCGAGGAGGAACGCGAGGGGGCUGAGAAAGACACGGAGGUCAUCUCCGUCCACAGACGGUCUAACGACGCCGAAUCCGAAGAAGAAUGGCUCUUACGCAUGCGAACUCAUCGCAAGACAUCGCACACACCAGGCCGCAGUGAAAAGAUGAGAUCAGUAAGCCAAAGCACGACAACAACGAUAUAUCAAGUCAUAGACAAUGAUGCAUCUAAUGACGCUGAGAACAUUGGCAGUGCUCGGCCGAAGACCAUCGUGGACCAUGUCACCGGCUCGCCAACGCGGUCGGCGAGCGCUUCUGGUAUAAUGACCAAGGUCAGGAGCAGCAAGCGAACUGCCGAAUCCAGCCGCAACAAGGAUUCGGCGGGCGUGCGCAAGACGAGCGGUCGGGUUGGUAGUAUCAACGCCAACUCAAACGUUAGCUCAACGGCGCGCAAGGUAUCCGCGAUAUAGGAGACCGAGUCCUUGCUGUUGCCAAAUUGAGCGUUAACGGCUAUUUAAUGAUGUUGCGUU